UGGGCAGCCCCGGUUGUCUUCCUCCGGGAUGUUGCUCCUGCUCUCUCCGGCUCAGAGGCGGAAUGAUGCCGGGCUCGGUGCUCAGGGUCCCCGGAGUGUGGCUGCUGCUCUCGGCGGUGCUGGUGCCGGGGGGCGCCCACAUCUACGACGAGCAGGACCCGCUGGUGUCACUGGAGAAAGGCGCCCAUGGUCUGCUGCUCAACUCCUCCAGCUGCUGGGUCGCCCAGUUCUUCGCCAGCUGGUGCGGGCACUGCCAGAACUUCAAGAGCAGCUGGCUGGUCCUGGCGCACGAUGUAAAGGAUUGGAGGCCUGCAGUGUAUCUCACUGUGUUGGACUGUGCCGAGGAGUCAAACACCAAGAUGUGCAAAGACUUCGGAGUGCAAGGAUUCCCCACUGUACAGUUCUUCAAUGCCUACUCGAAAAACCCAUCGGACGGUAUCAAGCUUUAUAAUCGUGACCCCGAUCAGAUGAGACAGUUCAUCAUUGAUAAACUGGAGGCACAAAAAGAGUCUCCACCCCCCGCGUGUCCUCCCCUCGAGCCAAUCAGCGCCCCUGAGGUCGAACAUUUUUUUGAGAAUAAUGAUGAAAGUUACCUAGCUUUGAUUUUUGAAGAACAUGAAACGUACAUGGCGAGAGAGGUGGCUCUAGACAUGGUGCAGUAUCAGGGGGUCUCUGUACGGAGGGUACUCAAGGACGAAGCUGAACUGGUAGAAAAGUUUAAGGUGUCCUCAUUCCCAACUGGUUUCCUUCUGUGUAAAAAUGGAUCUGUUAGUAAAAUUAACCUGAAGGAGGAGAGCCGGGCACAUUAUACACCAUUUCUGCGGUCACUUCCCUGGGUUCAGGUGAUUUACAUGGCAGAUCUGGAGUCGUCUAUCCAUUACUCCCUGCGGGUGGAGGUGGCUCGGUUCACCGUAUUACAUGGAGAUCGUCUCAGAUCGUUGAUUAGUUAUAUCUCCGUACUGAAAAAGUACUUUCCUGCUCGCCCCUACUUGCGCAGACUGCUGGAUUAUCUGUAUGCAUGGCUGAACAAUCGAAGAGCAAAGCUGGUGCCGUAUAAAGAUUUUGCAGAUGCCGUAAAUAGCAAAAAUCAGGAACAGAAUGCGGUGCUGACUCCACAUGCCGACUUCAUCUGGUGUCAGGGUUCCAAACCAGAAUUUCGAGGUUUUCCAUGUUCUGUCUGGACGCUGUAUCACUUGCUGACCGUCAGAGCUGCUCAGCUUGGAACUGAACAGACCAAUUCACAGGAAGUUUUAAGGACAAUGCGAGGUUAUAUCCGCUCCUUCUUUGGCUGCACAGGUUGCGCUCAUCACUUUGAGGAAAUGGCUAAAGAAUCAAUGAACAGUGUCCGCAGUCUGGAUGAAGCCAUCAGAUGGUUGUGGUUUAGUCAUAACCGGGUCAAUAAGAGACUAGCAGGAGAUGCAACCGAAGAUCCAGAUUUUCCAAAGAUUCAGUGGCCUCCAAAAGAACUUUGUGCAGACUGCCAGAAAAUGGUAGGUAAUAACGUGACCUGGGACGAGCCUGCCGUACUCCGUUUUAUGAAGACACGUUUUUCUGAGAACAAUUUAUCAUAUGACUAUUUGGAGGAUGAAGCGGUCCUGUUGGCAAAACAAAGAAAACUUAAUAAUGUACGCAGGACCAGAAGGGAAGCUGGAGACGAAGAAACAGAUGCUGAAGAACAGAGUAUAAAUGAGGCUUUAGUCCCACCAGUCAAAGCAGAAGAACCUGAAGAUACAGCUACAGAAACAGAUGCUGAAAAGCAUAGUGUAAAUGAUGAAAUAGCCCCACCAGUCAAAGCAAAAGAACCUGAAGAUAGAGCUACAGUUUCUAAAGAAAAAACAAGUCCUCGCCAUAGGCCCACCAUAGUAAAAAUGAAAACUUUCACAGCUGUGCAAGCUGAAAAAGAGGAAGAAGAGAACAUUGUGGACUUAGAUUUAGUUGAACAUCAUAUCUUUCCUCGUAGAACAUUGCAAGAUUCCAACUCCCGCCAGAAUGGAUAUGCGAUUCAGCCAGAGAAAAUGUUGGACCUUCUCGAUUCCGAGUUUGACCAAGAAGCAGUAAGGGCUCGUCUGCUUAAAAGGGGGGUGGAUGAAAACUAUCUCUUUGGUGUGAUGGUAGAAAAUGGUGAUGUGCACUGGAAAGGGCGUUGGGUAAAGAUGCUAGGAGUUGGGUUCUCUCAAUUGGACAUCAGCAUCUGUGUUCUACUGUAUUUCCUUACCAGCAUGUGCCUACUAGCCAUGUACCUGUAUCUAAGUUUCCGAUCCCGGUUCAGACGGCGGUGUUUGUGUCCGCAGCCAUGACGCAAGUAUUGUUAAGCAGUUUUAUAGUACUACAGACCUGAUGUUUUAUGGAACUGUAUAUAUUACAAGAGAACAAUGUGCCUUGUUAAUCUGUGGAAGUUCUGUACUAAUAGAGCACAAUCUCUCAAGACCAAAGCUCGUCAUAAUUGUCUUAUUUGGUAUUUUAAAAAAUAAAAUCAUGCUGUUUUGAAAAAA